AUGUCUCAAAAUAGCGAAAAGUCAAGCAAGUUUUGCUUGAGAAUCCGGCUUCCAAAGAGCUUCGGACGCCUUUCCUCAUUCCUUCCGAAGCUCAAGUCUUCCUCAAGUCAAUCUCCUAAGCUACCAAGCUCAUCCAUCCGAAUUGAUACCGCUUCCACUCCACGAUGUAUUACCACCUUCCCAGCACGCGUUCACAGGGAUGAGCUUUGGAUUUCCAAAGGCGCCAUCAUUGCGCGGAAAAAAUUUGAGAACCUUCUUCCCAACCCUGAUUACCGAUCUCACUCUAUGGGACCAUACGGGAACUUCUUCUCCUUUUGCUGGCCAGAAGGCAAGAAGGAGAGGGUUAGACUAGGUACAGAGAUCAUUGAGACAUUAUGGCUAUAUGACGAUGUUAUUGAGGAUCUACCAUAUACCGGAGCCAUGGAAACACAUGCCAGUGUUCGAGACACUUUAGCUGGAAAUUCGUCGAAGGCUAGCCGUAAAAUUCAGGUUGCUGUUCUCUUCAAGGACUUUGGUCAGCGCUUAGCUCAGCUAGAUGAAGAGGGGGCUCCACGAGUCAUAGACGCCUUGAAGUCAUACAUCUCGACUUACGACAGUAACGAGACGCCCUUUGCUACCAUCGAGGAAUUUAUCGAGUUCAGAAUCUUCAAUGUUGGAUUUGGAAUCAUGGAGAGCUUUAUGCAAUGGUCGUUAGGACUAUACCUCGACGAACACGAACAGGAAAUGUCCCGGGAGUACUACCUGUCCUCUGGGCGUGUUAUGGGAAUGACCAACGACCUAUAUUCGUGGAAUGUCGAGCGAACAGAGAAGUCAGACCGAAACUGGAACGCAGUGCCAAUAAUCAUGAGGCAGCAUGAUUUCAGUGAACUGAAGGCUACGAUAUAUCUCAGAGGGCUAAUUGUAUAUCAUGAGCAAGAGACGCGAAGACUAGGACAAGAGCUUCUGGAAAAGAGUCGAAACUCACCUAAAAUGCAGAUAUAUGUGUACAUAAUGGGGCUGAUGCUGGGGGGGAACAGUUUUUGGAGUUCGACAUGUCCGAGAUACAACCCGGAGUUGGAGUUAUAG